AUAUCCAUGAGAGCGAAAGAGAGAGAGAAAGCGUCGGCCCUAGACGGUCCUAGACGGCGAUUCUGAGUUUCGGCGGUCGGUGCAAAAGAGAGCGGCGAUCCUGCUGGCGGCGGAAGGCGAUUCCCUAAUAUGGGAUAGACGUUUGGGUGGGUGGCGUUGAUCCUUAUUGACGCUUUGGAGUCCCGAGAUUUGCUAGUUUUUGUGAGUUAGUAGAUUGGAGUGUUGAAGGGUCCAAGUUCGGUGGUCUCGACGCGUAGCUUUGGAGUUCCGCAACAGAGACUUGGGGAUAGCGUAGAUAGAGGAUGUCCGGCUGGGUCGCGAAAGGCGGUCGUGGAGCUGCGGCGGCUAGGGUUGUGAGACUUGAGCUUCCGAUGACUGGCUUGGCUAUUUUGGCUCUGAUGGUGACUGAGAUGGGAGUUGCACAAACUGUGUUUGAUCCGGGUGGAACGCUGGUGGUAUGGAUCCCGAUUAAAGGGGGUGAAUUUCGACUCGAAGCAGCUGUUGGGGCUUUGAUGAAACAAAAGUAUAGCAAAUACUCUGGUGAUUUGAAAACGCUAAACACUUUUGUCAUUAUUGGUCUUGUGUUGGAUCCUAAGUUCAAGCUUCGACAUGUAGGUCAUGUGUUAAGAACAGUGAUGGACUGGAUUGAAAUUGAAAUUUUUGACAAGGAAUCUGAGAUAAAAAAUUCAUGUUAACUCUCUAUGAUGACUAUGUUGACAAAUCAGGAGCUGCUAAGAAUAUGAAGAAGAGGCUUAGGGAUGGCAGUAAAGAAAGCAAUAUGAAGAGAGAAAAGAACACAGUUGUACAUGGUAACUCAAGCACAAACAUGUUUGUAAUGGACAUGACUAAACAUGUUGAACAACAAGAUGAAGUGGUGAUCAUACAUGAGAUAGACAAAUACCUCAAGGAUCCUUUAGAAUCAAUAGGAAGGAAGGCAAAGAAAGAGCGAGGAGGAUGAAAUUGUCAUUGAUGAAGAAGUGAUUGAAGAGGAUUAUAGAAUGUUUGAUGUUCCAGGUCGGUGGAAAUGUGCAUCUGUCAAUUAUCCUAUUUUAGCAUUAAUUGCUAAAGAUGUACUUGUUGUUCAAGUUUCAAUAGUUGCCUCUGAGAAGACUGAGAGUGCUUUUAGCAUUGGUGGAAGAAUUAUUGAUUCAUUUAAGAGUUCCUUAACUCCCACUUCGGUUGAGGCUUUAAUUUGUAUGCAAAAUUGGCUUCGAGGGGAUGACAUACUCAUUCAGUUCCAAGAUGAACCAUGUGCAGAAGAGCUGGAGUUUUAUGAAGGUAUUGAGACAGAAUUGGCAAAUGAAAAAGCUGGGAGCUCGGUUAGCAAUGAAGAUCAAGAAGGAUGAAGGUCAAGAAUGAUACACUAAUGAAAUUGUUUUCAUAUCCUUAAUUUUUUUGGACUGUUUAAGUUUUGAAUAAUACUAAAGGUACCCCAAAAUUGUACCCCAUUUUUACCCCAUCCCUAUUGUGUGGCCAUAAAUGGGGCAACUCAUUUAAGUGGGACACCACUUAAAUGAGUUGCCCCAUUUAUGACCACACAAUUAGGGGUGGAGUAAAAAUGGGGUACAACUUUGGGGUACCUUUAGCAUAGCUCUUAAGUUUUUGUAAACUAAAGACUAAAUGAGUAAGCUGUAAUCCUCUGUAAGCUGGGAGAAUGGCUAGCAAUUAGUUUUUGUUAGACUAUUUUGAUAUCCUAUAGGCAGUUAGUAAGUUGGCAAUUAGUAUGCUCUUUUUUUAUCAUUUGAAAUGGUUGGUAGUGUUUGAGUUUUUGUAAACUAAAGCUGGGAGAUAUCCUCCAGGCAGUUAGUAACUUGGUAAUUAGUGUUUUUGUAAUCCUCUGUAAGUUGGGAGAUCAGCUAGCAAUGAGUUUUUGUUGGACUGUUUUGAUAUCAUCCAGACAGUUAGUAACUUGGUAAUUAGUAUGCUCUUUUUUUAUCAUUUGAAAUGGUUCGUAGUGUUUGAGUUUUUGUAAACUAAAGCUGGGAGAUAUCCUCCAGGCAGUUAGUGACUUAGUAAUUAGUGUUUUUGUAAUCCUCUCUAAGUUGGGACUUGGGAGAUCAGCUAGCAAUGAGGUUUUAUUGGACUGUUUUGAGUUUUUUAAUCUAAAUCGUAUGCUCUUUUCCAGACAGUUUUUAUCA